AUGAGUUCUGUUUUCACAAGAAAAUUGGAAGAAAGACCAGAGCUGAUCUUAAAUCAUGAGUUGCAACCUGUGCAUGAAGAUAGUAAAAUACGAUCAGAAUUUGGUAGUUUCUUGGGGACAAUAGGGAGACAAUGUGUACCCCUAGAUUAUGUCAACUGGAGCCGAGUUUCCGAAUCAGAGAAGAAUGGUUGGUGGGAGUUUGUCAAGACAAAGUAUAUCAUUCCGGAGGAGGGAAAAGAUUGGGUUUUAAAGACCAUUUGUGAUGCGUGGAGGAUGUAUAAAAGCCGUUUUAAGGCCGAAUAUUAUACCAAAUAUGACAAUGAUGAGGAUAGAUUGAAGAAUAGGCCGCAGUCAAUUCCUCUUGAGAAAUUCAAGAUUUUGCUACAAUAUUGGGGUGAUGAAAAAAUUAAGUCCACUGCUGUAAAAAAUGCAAAUAACCGAAGAAAGGUCAUUGAUACGCACACUGCUGGCCGUACAUCAUUUGCACAAAUCAGGAAUGACAUGAAAAAGGUCCAGUCGACCCCUGACACACCCACAAAGGCGGACAUUUAUCCUAAAACACGCAAAAAUCAUGAAAAGAAGGCUACUAAAGAUGCUGAGGGAAAUGAUAUUGAGGAGGAAGCAGAUGCAAAUGCAGAAGAUAUGGCUGAAGAAGCAGCAAAGACAGUUGAUGAAAUAGACUCUGCAGCUCAUGGACCAAACUGGCUUGUCGGGAGGAGUGGCAGAACAAGCAAAACACGGAAUAUCACAACACAUAAAAGCAGAAAAGCUGAGGAAUUAGCAACUCUAAGAAAGGAAAUAGCUGCUGAAAUCACUACACCAUAA